UUUUAGUUCUCUUCGAUCCAAUAAGGCGGCGCUGAAACUAACAAUUUUCUCCUAAAAAACAGUUGUGCACAUUGGAUUUUAAUGAUUAUGGGAAUAGAUUAAUGUGUUUUUCCGUGAAAGCCAGAUGGAAAGAUGAAUUUCCCGCAAAAGACGAGAGAGGAGAUCAAGGCGGAGCGCGAAGCGAAAAAAGCUGCCAAGGCUGCUGCUAAGGCAACGAAAGGCAAAAAUGUAAGCAAAGUAGCAAGCUCAAAUAAUAACGUUAAAAAUGUAUCUCCAGUAAUCAAUUCUAAAAUUUCGGAGAAAAGUGUGGAAAGAGACGUGUCGAAAGAAAGCGAUAACAAAAUAACAAACACAGAUAUUAAAAAUAAACCCACUGCGGUCAAUUGUGAUAUCUCGGAAAAAAGUACAAAAACAGACGCAGUGACUGUAAAAGACUCGCAACCUACGAGAGAAGUGUCUAAGGAAAACACAACUCAAUCUUCGAAUAUUGGCACACAAAGUUGUACGCCUGAGGGCAAAAGUAAAGAAAAGAUCGGAGAGAAAAGUAAGGCUGAAUUACGCGCGGAACGAAGAGCCAAACAGGAAGCGCAGAGAGCUGCAAAACAACAACAAUUAUUAGCAAAAGAUAAUAGUAAAACUAAAGAACCUAUUAAACCAUGCGUAGAGACUAAAUCCGAGUGUGUAGUAAAGAAAGAUGUUAUAAAGAACGUAAUAAAGGAGGAUCCGCACCAACUUAGUUUAUUUAAACAUUUGUAUCACGAAAGAGAAAGCUCACGGAUUGCUGUAGCUCCUAUCAACUUAAAUAUACAUCCGGCAAUAAUUAGACUAGGCGUUCAAUAUGAAAGUAAAGUUAUCGUUGGCAGUAAUGCAAGAUGCGUCGCGCUUUUGGCUGCUGUCAAACAAGUGGUUAAGGACUUUGAGAAGCCAGCACAGGCUGACUUUGUCCGCGGCCUUGAGACUAGUCUGCAGCAAUCCAUGGUAUAUUUACAUCAUUGUAGGCCGCUGGCUGUCUCGCAACAGAAUGCCAUGCGUCAUCUCAAGUGGCAAAUGACACGGUUUUCGUCAUUGUCUGAUGAAAAAGCAAAAAAUAAAUUACAAGGUAUAAUAGAUACAUAUAUUUCGGAACAGAUUCAAUUGGCUGGUAAAGCAAUAUCGAUAAAGAUACGAGAAAAAAUCUCAAAUGGAAAUGUUAUUUUAACAUAUGGAUACUCAUCCUUAAUUCAUAAUAUAUUAGUGGAAGCACAUGAUGCUGGUAAACAAUUUCGCGUAAUCGUGGUUGAUGGCAGGCCAUGGUUGGAAGGAAAGGAACAGCUGAGACGUUUAACAAAACAUGGAAUUGAGUGCUCAUAUAUAUUAAUCAACGCUCUCAGCUUUAUUAUGCCAGAGGUUAGCAAAGUUUUUCUUGGUGCUCAUGCGAUAUUAGCCAACGGAGCGGUAAUGUCGAGAGCGGGAACUGCGCAAGUUGCUCUGAUAGCAAAGGCCUUCAAUGUACCUGUUUUAGUGGUUUGUGAGACGCAUAAAUCAAGUGAACGAGUGCAAACCGACUCUAUCGUUUAUAAUGAAUUGGGUGACGCGGACGAGCUCGUGAAUCAUCAAUCAAAUGACGAGGCGAAAAAAUCAUUACUAUCGAAUUGGCGAACAAAAAAAUCGUUAAAUCUCCUUAACAUCACGUAUGACGUGACUCCGGCUGACCUCGUGACAGCCGUUGUCACGGAAUUGGCGAUUGUGCCAUGUACUAGUGUUCCUGUGAUUUUACGAAUUAAACCAUCCGAAAUUUAAAUACGUUUUCUCCUUCAAAAUAUUAAUUUUAACCAUUUUUGCGUGAUAUCUGUAAACAAAACAGUUGACAGCUAUCGGAAUUGCGUGUAAGUACAAUGCAAGAUUGACAUACUUAAUACAAUAGAAUAAUUGUUCGAUAAGUAAAAUGUGUACGAAAUUAAUAUCAAUUAAUAUAUUAUUGCAUAUUGCAUUGUGCAUACAAUUUAGGUGACGCGGACGAACUCGUGAAUCGUCAAUCAAAUGAGGAGUCGAAAAAAUCUUUACUAUUGAAUUGGCCAAUGAAAAAAUCGUUAAAUCUCUUAAACAUUACGUAUAUGACAUGACUUCGGUUGACUUCGUGAUGAUCGUUGUCACGGAACUGGCAAUUGUGCCACGUAUUAGUGUGUUCCUGUGAUUUUACGAAUUAAAGCUUCCGAAAUUUAAAUAUGUUUUCUCUUUCAAAAUAUUAAUUUUAACAAUUUUUGCGUAACAUCUGUAAACAAAACAGUUGAUACCUAUCGGAAUUGCUUGAAAGCAUAACAUAUGCAAGAUUGUAUUUAAUAUGAGGAAUUAAUUAGCGAACAAAGAAAUUAUUAAACCUCUUAAAUAUUACGUAUAACGUGACGGCCGUUAUCAUGAAAUUGAAAAUAAUUGUACUAGUGUUCCUGUAAUUUUACGAAUUAAACCUUCCGAAAUUUAAA